AUGCGCGAGCUAAGGGCAGUUGGAGGAGGAGGAGGAGGAGGAGGAGGAGGAGGAGGAGGAGGAGGAGGAGGAGGAGGAGGAGGAGGAGGAGGAGGAGGAGGAGGAAGAGGAGGAGGGAGGAGGGGGGUACUCUGUCAGAAAGGUCUGCAAGAAAAGGUCAGCGUUUUUUACUUGGAACAGGAAGAGAGAGGGAAAAGGGAGAGUAAGGGUGGUGCUUUUGGGGUACCGGAGAGAAAAGAUGCGGAAGGAGAGAGGGAAAACGGAGAAGGGGAAAUGGGAGAGGAGGGCGAUGAGGAGAGUGACGAUGAGAAGGACGAUGGACUCACUCCGAUCGCCACCCCUCUCUCUACUCCUGCUAUACCCUCUCCUGUAGGGAAUUCGUUAAGCCUUUCUCCUUCCGGCUUUUCUGAUGGGGAGAUGGAAAAAGAGGGGGAAAGGGAGGAGGGGAAAGAGGAGGAGGAAGAGGAAGAGGAAGAAGAGGAGGAUGAGGAGGAGUGUACUCCAAUCGCUACGCCUGUGGCGUUUUCCCGGUUUAGAAUCCUUCUCUCUGUGUGCCCACCGCCAGGGCCAGGGCAGCCGAAAGAGUCCAGGUUCAAUGUACCCGGAAAGGAGGAGAGGAAGAAAAUGGGUGCUGGGGAAACGGAGGGGCAAGAGAAGGGUGUACGGUUUGUCAUCCCAAGCAGGAGGGCUAGGGGGGUUCCAGGAGCCUCUGCUGCUACCGCUGGUGCUGUUUCAGGUGGUGCCGUUUCAGGUGGUGGGAGCAUUAGCAAGCCCAGACACAGGCAGUGCCAGUCGUUUUCCGGCUUUGACUUUGGCUUGAUUGCGAAUGGACAGACGUUUCUUGCGGACGAUCAGCCAGAAGAGUCCAUGUUCAAUGCGCCUGGAGAGGCGUUUCUUGAGGAUCAGCCAAAAGCGUCCAGAUUCAAUGCACCUAGACAGACGGAUAUUGAGGCGCAGCCAAAAGAGGUCAGGUUCAAUGUACCUGGACAGGAAGAGAGGGGAAACAAGGGUGGUGGGGCAAAGCAAGGGCAAGAGGGGGGAGCACGGAAAGAGGGGGUGGGACGAGAAGAGGGUGUGCAGGCCAGCAAAGCACGGCUUGCUGUCGCAAGGGGAAACACGGGGGGUUCUGCUGUUGCUGCUGCUGCUCCUGGUGGUGCUGCUGGUGGUGGUGGGGUUUCGGGCGGUGAGGAUUCAGGUGGUGGGGUGUCAGCAGGUGAAAUUUCAGGUGGUGGGGUGUCAGCAGGUGAAAUUUCAGGUGGUGGGGGCAGUGGCAAGCCCAGGCACAGGCAGACCAAAUCGUUUUCCGGCCUUGACUUUGGAUUGAACGAGUGGGAUAUGGGGGAGAGCAGGGAGGGAGGGAGAAGAGAGGGGAUAGCGAGCAGAGGGGGUAGAGAGGAGGGCUCUAGCGGUUGGGCGAGAAGGAGCCAAGGAGAGAGAGAGGAGCAAGGGGGUUUGUCACUUAGAGUAGCGAUGCUUGCAGUUGGGGUGAAAGGAAGGGGAGGAGAGAGAAGGGGGGAUGGAGGAAGGAGGGGAGGGGGAGGAGGAGGGGAGCCUCCAAGCUUGCUGUCUCCACGAGCAGUGCCGAUUGCUUCUGGGGUGAAGGGAGGGGGUGCAGAAAUAGAGAUGGAUGGAGGAGGGAGAAGGGGAGUGGAAGAAGGUCAAAGGGAGAAGGAUGGGAAAGGGAAUGGGCAAGAAGGGGUGGGAAGGGAAGGAGGAGAGGGCAACGGAGGGAAGGGAAAGGUAGAUGAGGUGCCAAAUCUCCCACCGGGAUCAAAUCUCCCACCAGAGGAGCGGAGGGUAUAG